GCCCGCCGACCUGAGGGAUACCCAUCAAUCUCAUAGUAUAGAGCCACGACAAGUAUGAAGGCAGGAUGGGGAACGUCUCUUCUCUCGCUAGAGCGUCGAGUGCCCUGGACUCCUACGUCGCUGAGCUUGGGAGCGAUAUCUCCUACGAAAAGAGUCUGUCUUCGUCGCGGUUCCUGAAGACCAUCCUCAUCCGGCACAACUAUGGACUGCUCGUUCUCAAGCUAUUCAUCAAGCCGGACCCGUACAUGUCCCUUCGGGUCAUCCAACGUCGGCUCAAACAUCAACGUGACUCCCUAAGCGACCUCUCGAAUGUCCUCACCUACGCUACCUUUGUGGAGACGGAGAAGGCCGGCUACCUGAUCAGGCAGUAUGCGGGAGCGAGUCUGUAUGACCGAAUCAGUACCCGGCCGUACCUCUCGCCUGUAGAGAAGAAGUGGAUCAGUUUUCAAAUCCUGAGUGCUAUGCGGGAUGCCAGGGCAAGAGAUAUCUCGCAUGGAGACCUCAAAUCCGAAAAUAUCCUCAUCACGCCAGCCCUCACAGUUCUCGUGACCGACUUUGCAUCCUCCUUCAAGCCCACCUUUCUCCCUCUCAACGACCCUUCGGACUUUUCCUACUUUUACGACUCUUCCGGUCGUCGAACAUGCUACAUCGCCCCGGAGAGGUUCUACACCGAGGACAGCCGGAUCGCAGAGGAAAAGAGACAGGCGAUCGCUUCAGUUACGGCAGAAGGGACCGGUUCUUGGCUAAAUGCAGGUAUCGGGAAGAGGGAUGGCAAGGUUACCGAACAGAUGGACGUCUUUGCAGCAGGAUGCGUCCUGUUGGAGAUGUGGACGGAUGGAGCUAGUAUAUUCACGCUAAGCGAGCUAUACGGUUACCGGGAAGGCAAGUAUAAUGAGCUGGAGGGGAUAUUGGGGAGUCUGGAGGAUACGUCUGUCAGAACCUUGAUCGCAAGCAUGAUUGCCCUCGAAGCGGACCAUAGACCGACCUUCGAAAAGGCACUCUCCGAUUUCCGGAACACCGUCUUCCCCGACUACUUUUACACCUUCAUGAGCGACUACGUCGUCAACCUCGCGGCGGACCACCACGUACCGAACAGCACUUUGACCAACGACCCGAUAGCUCGGAGCUAUGGUCAGGCGGAUUCUAUCAUUUCCGGUAUCUGCCGGGAUUGGGAUGGGAUGAUUGCAGCAAUGAUAGAAGAACAUGAUCUGGCUGUGAGCCGUCUGUCGGAAGCAGAUCAGGCAGGAUUGGACGACCGCUUUGCUGGCGAGGAUCUUAAUGCACCCACUCUCCUGCUCUUGAACAUCAUCACUUCCAACAUACGGAACUGCGUCCGAGAAUCGUCGAAAGUCAACGCUCUCGAGCCUCUUCGUCAAAUCGCGAAACGGCUCACCGCGGACGAGACUAUCGACCGGAUCGUACCAUACCUGGUCGCCCUGUUCAAAGACGACAGCCCACAAGUUCGAGCUGCAUCCUUCGAGCUUCUUGUGGAGCUGUUUCAAGAGCUCGAAGUCAUCUCAGCGCAUCAAACCGGUAUCAUCACGGAAUACAUACUCCCGCACGUUCGUCAGCUAGCAGAGGAUGAGGAUGUCAUGGUCCGCAGCACUUUUGCCAGGAACCUACCGAUGCUCAGUGAUAUAGGGAUGAAUAUCAUGGAGAUGAGUCAAGCUCUUAAGGCUGCUGAGAUCGGUGCUGGUCAGAUCGACAUCGAUCCUACAUUAGAGCCCGGCUACGAUGCCAACGUACAAGAGCUAGUUGAGGCCUACUCGGAACAGGCAUCAACCGUACUCGUGGAUUCGAACAGCGAUGUCAGGCGAGCGGCUCUAGCGGACGUCGCACGGCUCUGUCUAGCUUUCGGACGGACCAAAACGAACGAAGUGCUGCUCAGUCGUAUGAUCACGUACCUUAACGACAAGGAUUGGAGACUCCGGCAUGCGUUUCUCGAAAACAUCGUUAGCGUGGCUGCAUUUGUCGGUUCAACUAGCUUGGAGGAAUUCGUAUUACCACUGAUGGAGCAAGCCCUAGCAGAUCCUGAAGACUUUGUGGUUGCAAGAGUGCUGGAAUCACUGGCCAGCCUGACAGAGAUACGCUUAUUCGACAAGGCGAGGAUGCUCGAGCUAUUUUCAAAUUGCUACGGUUUCCUGUGUCAUCCAUCCAUCUGGGUCGUGCAAGCGGCGGCCUCAUUCGUGGCUGCGGUCUGCAGACAACUUUCUGCGACGGAUAUAUCUUGCUUGGUAUACCCAUACAUUCGACCAUUGCUUCAAGCCGAGAUUGCUGAACUUACCAGGGAGAAUCUGCUGGACUGCGUAAUGUCGCCUCUACCUCGCGGCUUACUAGAUGGUGGGAAGACCUGGGCCAGCCGUAACCUUCGUGGAAAUUGGUGGACCAAAGCAAACAUCCCCGGGCGGAGCGGAACGAAGCGAAAAGCCUUUCACAUGAACCCCAUCCCCUCUAGCAAAGCUCUUCAGGUACAUGACGAGAGGGACGUACAACACUUGAAGGAACUGCGUGAAAGGGGCCUGAAUGAUGAUGAAACAAGGAAAUUUGUAGCCUUGAGGGACUAUAUGGCGUCCCAAGCUGCCCUUUCUCUGGAAAGGGGUGAAGUGCAAACUAUCGGGAUACCAUCCACGACUGGAAAACAAGCAUCUCUGCAGGAAUUGAACGUCACACCAGUCACUGUCUUCCUCACACCCAAGCACACAGACUCUCUUUCCAACCCUGUCAUCGACAAAUUACGCUCACCAGUCGCGCGCGCGCUUUCGGAUGAGAGCAGGCGUUCGUCUUUCUCUGGCAAUCCGUUCAGGCCUCGGCAACCCAGCCAAACGGCAUCGGGUGUCGAUGCUGAGCAUCUGGAUGAGCUGCGUCGGAAGCUCAAACGCCUGGACGAUGCUCGCACAGCUUCGAAAGACCUACUUCAAAUGACGUCGGCUCCUUCUGCAAAUCAUGAACCGGCUAGCAUCGCGAGCGCAAGCGACCCGCCGCUGCAGCGUGCUUUGUCGAACGCGUCAAUGCCUUCGACCUUACAAGAACGGUCGAACGGACUCUUGUCAACACGCAGCAGGUUGUCAUUCGGCCGGGAACCGAUUAAAGCAGCACCUGCCGUCAGCGCGACCAACGAGAUCGCUAUCGGUCAGCUCGAAGCCGUUGCCGGUCUUGGCAUCCAAGACAAGGUCGCCAUGAAUUCGGGCUUGACGACUCCCCGUCAACCUGGAAGAGAGCCCCAUCCUCCGCCAGCGGAUCUGUUCCGACCAUUCACAUCGACCUAUGAAGGCCACGACCCGAACGUCAUGGCGCUAUUGGAACGCACCUACGCCGAGAAUGCAUCCGUCAGCUUGUCGCAUCUGGGACCCGUGGUGGAACGAAGUCAAGCACAAAGGCGUGGCCCCCCGUUCCGAACGAAACAGCCUUCACGGUCCAGCGAUCAGCCCACCUCGCUAGUGGCACAUUUAUCAGUACACGAAUCUCCUAUCCUGGGACUGUUUAGUCCUCCGGACCAAGCAUAUCUUCUUUCGGCCGACAAAGACGGGGCGAUUUGCGUUUGGGAUGUAGCUCGUUUCGAAAGAAGCGUCUCGAAUAAGCCUCGACUUACCCAUCGGCUAGAAGGAGACCACUUGACUGCAGCGUGUCCGUUGAUCAAUCGCUCGGCUUUUGCAUUUGCUGUUUCGAACGGGACGAUCCAGCUUUUGCGCAUCAGCAACUCCUCAAACGGCUCUCUGAAACAAGCUCGUCUAGUACACGUGCAGAGUUUGACUUACGCGAGGGAUCAAGGCGAGAUUGUUUUCCUUCAGAACGUGUAUCAAGCUGAGGAAUCUGACUUGCUCUACGUGACCAAUCUGGGUCAUAUCUCCCUGAUAUCGAUCAGGACGGCUGCCAUCAGGUGGACGGCCACUCAACCCAUAACACUCGGCCGACCAACGGCAUGCUAUCUUGACUCCAAGCACAUCUGGCUAGUGAUAGGCACGAGCUCGGGUAAUCUAGCCCUCUGGGAUCUACGCUACGGCCUACUCGUCCGCCACUGGCAAGUUUCGGAAGCUGCGGUCACAGUCAUUGCCGGGCAUCCAGCUCGUGGCCGGGGGAAAUGGGUUGUUGUCGCAUCCCAAUUGCGAUCGUCUAAGCCAGCAGGUUCCCAACCCGUCACGAUCAUGAUCUCGGUCGACCUGAGCACGGGAGAGAUCACCGAGAGAUUCCAGACAACCACGUCGACAUCGUCGGCUGCAUCAACAGGAUCGAAGGCGGAAAAGGUUCCACCGGAUUAUCUCGAGUCCGCGCCAGCCGUGGAGACUCCAGCUUAUGCCAUCGAAAAGCUGCUUGCUGAUCGUCCGGAAAUCCAACUACCGAAAAUCAAUACAAACGAUCAGGAUCAGCACCAUGCGACUUGCUCGAUACAGGCCAUACAUCCGUUGGAGAUUUUGGCCGGUGACACGUCGUUCGGCAAUAGCACCGACUUGAGCCCGGUUCAGGAAACCUUCGAGACGAGUCACGGGCAAGAAAAGCCGGCCGCUUUGCCCGCGGGUAUCAUCCUGACGGUCAGUCAAGAUCGCAUCGUAAGGUUAUGGAACCUUGGACAACCAGCUCAGAGCCUGGUCGUGUCUGGAGCUGGAAAAGACGCAAACAAGCGAUAUAGACACAUCAGAGAAUCGGAUGGAGCAAUAUCUUACAUCGAAUCACCAUACCGCACCCAAGAAGUCCGGCAACCGCAGUCGCGGGUGUCAAGGAAACUAGCAGAGGAACAGCAAACCAGCGCCAUCCCGAGCGGCACCUCUACCGCCAGCGUAACGAGGCCACAUCUUCACGAAACUACAGCGGUGCUACCGUUCACGACUCCGUUCUCGAAUGCCCUUAUGAUCGCUACUGCCGAUGCGGGAGGGGUUGUCAAAGUGUGGAAAGUCGAAGGUUAGACGGCAAAGGAUGGGUAUAUAUAGUGUUUCCGAAAUGUCCUACAAGUUGUAUCUGAGGCUUUAAAUGACAUCCGUCGAUUGUAUUCUUGAUAUAGAUUCGAAGCACAAUCCUAAGACCGUCUGCCGGCUCGAGGUGUGCGAUUGCGGGGAGAUCCUUCGCCAAGGAUUUUCCACUUUCCGUCAGGUUUCUCUGCCUCUUUCCGCUGCUUAUCACGUUUCACCUUCUGCAUGGCAUCAGCUUCCUCAUUCUGUUGCUGUACUACAGCAGUUGAGGGGAAGCCGGGAGCCCAGUAGCCCGGAGGUGUCGGGUUCUUCUCGUGCUAUUUAUAGAGAGAGUAAAGGGAGAUG